AUGCUUGCUUUGCCUUUCUGCCUCUUUCUUCGCUCGCUUUGCCUCUUGCUUGGCACUGUCCAGUUCCUUCUCGUUGCUUGUCCAAUCUCUUGCCUCGAUUGCUCCGCCUUUUACGUGUUGGUUGGUCGGGAUUUCCAAGCGAGUAAGGUCCUACGCGCCCGCUUUUGCGUCAGUGGACGGCAAGCCUUAUUUUAG